ACAUUUCUAUAGCAACCAUUUAAAAUCGAUUUGCUUACAAUUACUUUUUGUGAUAACAGAGUAUUUGAUGAAACCUGUAUUUGAUUUUAUUGUAAGCUAUGUCUCUUGUUUCUGAUUCAGAGUCAGAAAAUCUUUUCUACCAUAAUCUGACAGUAGGAGUGAUGGAAAUAUUAGAGGGCACGGAAGGGGUGCAGGACAUAGCGGUGGAGAAGCGGCUGCCGUGCGAGCGUGUGCUGCUCUCCUCCUGGGAGCAGAGACACUGCUGCACCCUCCCUGAGGACCUGCGGCAGUUCUACCUCUCCACAGACGGCUUCCGCCUCGUCUGGAACUACCGGUACACAGGGCAGGUGCUGCCCGUCGGGAACAUGCGCGUGAACGCCAUCUCAGAGCUGCGCCGCGUGGGAGGCCUGAAGAGCGGCGGCGACGCGGACUGCCCCAACCCGCUGGACGCGGAGGCGUGCUGGCGGGGGGAGCAGCAGGAGGAGGGCUUGCAGCGGCCGUCGCUGGGGGCGCACUGCAAGGUGUUUGAGCUGGACCCGUGCGGGGGGCUGGGCAAGGUGUGCCUGGCGUACGUGGGCGGCGCGGAGCGGGAGCUGCAGCGGCACGGCCCCUCCGUGUGGCUGCUGGACCGCUGCUGCCGGUGGCACCCGCUGGCCCGCGGCUUCACCCAGUACUUCCGCAUGAUGCUGGUGCACCUGGGGCUGCCGCAGUGGCAGUUCCGACACACCCCCGCCGGCCUCACGCCCUGGGCAGAGCAAAUGUUCGCAAUGAUCGCGCCACACCUCCUCCAGAACGACAAUUUUCCGACGCAUGGCGAGGAGUGGGACCUGGAGACACACAGUGUGGACCCGGCCAUCUUCAAGACGCAGCGGAAGACCUCCAGGAAGCGAAGCGAUGCUAAGCCUCCCACUCUCCCAGACUGACUCACUUCAGUCUUCACUCUGCAAUAAAAAUCAUUUUGUAACACAAGUGUCAAGCAACGGAAUAAACGAGGUAAAAUUAUUUUUGUUUAUAUGCUCAGUUGUCAGUUCCGCUUCAUCUUGCGGUAGAACAGAUGUGAAGUCUAUUGCAUGCACAAGUUCACCUUUUCGACAGAUUCAAUGAAGCAUUAAGCUGUCAUGUCUCACAAAUUAUUAUAUAAAAUAAAAUAUACACACAUAGAGUACUGUUUUCCAAGGAACUCAGCUAGCCAACAAUUUCUAUUAUAAUUUUUCUUAGAAAUAAAGUACAGUAAUCAAUAAAGACAAGAUUUGUG